AUGGGUUUGCAAAUGUCAAAGGAGGACAAGCUCUUUGCAGCUGUAAUCAGGCGCAUGCUAUCUGAGAAGGGAUUGAAAGUGACUAGUUCAGCUCUAUCAGAAUUCUUGAAUUUAGUAAAGAAACUUUGCCCUUGGUUUCCAGAAGACAGCAGUCUUACUCUAACUGAAUGGAGGAAAGUGGGCAAAGCAUUGCAUAAAUACGGUAAAGAAGAAGGGGAGGAUAAGCUACCCCUAUGCACUUAUGCAUUAUGGUUGCAAAUAAAGGAGUUAUUAGCACAGACAUCUGACCUAGAGGGCUUGGAGGAAGAAACCGCCUCCGCGGCCUAUGCCUCUGUGGCAGUGGAAAACCCCUCUGCGGGAUCAGAGCAGGUGCUUCCCACUGCCCCACCUCUAUCUGAGGGAGAGGAGAAGGACUGGGAUGUGGCUGAUGAAAUGGCAAAAAGGGAUUUUGAGGAUGAUUUUCGAGACCAUCAGCUCCCUCCUAUGAGAGCAUUCCCAGUGGGACGGGCUAAAAAACCCAUUCCGAAGCCUCGUUUGUGCCCACCUCCUGUAGGGUUUCAAGGCGCUAUGGCUGAGGCACGGCGCCUUGGAGACACCUCAUUUGCCUUCCCAAUUGCAGAGGCAUUUGGUGACGAUCCCCCCUCCUGGGAGCCUCUUCCACUUAAGACCUUACAAGAGUUACGGUCAGCAGUGCAGUCUUCGGGAGUAUCUGCUCCCUACACUUUACAAAUAGUGGACAUGAUUGCAAGCAAUUGGAUGACUCCUUAUGAUUGGCAUCAGACUGCCAAAGCAACCUUGUCUCCUGGGGACUAUGUUCUCUGGAGGACUGAUUAUGAGGAUAGGUGCAAGGACACGAUAGGGGAGAUGAUAAAGAAACGAGGUACCAAACCAACUAUGGACAUGCUUUUAGGAACAGGGGAAUAUGCUGCCAAUUCGGCCCAGGUAAAGUUACCUAGAGAUGUCUUGGAAGCGGUAACACAGAAUGCUAUUUUAGCUUGGAGGAAGCUGCCCCCUCCCGGGGCAAAAGGAACAACGCUAUCAGGCAUAGUGCAAGGAACCGAGGAAACUUAUCAAAAUUUUGUUUCUCGCUUAGAGGAGGCAGUACACAGAAUGCUCCCUCCUUCAGAAGGGACUGAUAUGCUUAUAAAACAACUAGCAUGGGAAAAUGCGAAUGUUUUAUGCAAGGAUUUAUUACGACCUAUUAGAAAAACGGGGACCUUGCAGGAUUUCAUUAAAGCCUGCCUCGAUGCCUCUCCAGCGGUUGUGCAAGGCAUCGCAUAUGCCGCUGCAAUGAAGGGACAAAAGUUUAGUACUUAUGUAAAAAAGGGGCUUAAUGGGAAUGGAGAGCCUAAUUCAGGCCCAAGAUGUUAUAGUUGUGGAAAGCUAGGACAUGUACAAAGAAAUUGUUCUGAGGUAAAGAACAAAGGCUCUCGUCCACCUCCUGGUCUCUGUCCAAAAUGUAAAAGAGGCAGGCAUUGGAAAAAUGAAUGUAGAUCAAAGUUCACCAAGGACGGUGUACCAUUAACUGAGAAAGAAACAAAAAGGGAGUCAAAAAACUAG